UUGGAGACGUGACAGGUGGGAAAAGCGCAAAAAUGACCGAGGGAACAAAGAUCACGUUAAUCCUGGAGGGCAAUCGCUUUCAAGUUGACAAGAAGAGGAUUAUGGAGAAGAGCAAGUACUUUGAAUCGCUGUUCUCUCAUAAUUUCAGUGAUUCCAAGGAUAAUGAGCAGAUUGUUAAUUACAAAGUCGAACCCAUGGUUUUGCAGGAUUUUUGUGAUUGGAUUGAAGAGGAUUCACCUAGUUCUGAUGAAUCUCAUCAAAUAAAAAUAUCACUACAAAAAUUCCUGUCAGACAAUUUUGACUGUCUCAAGCAACUAUUAGAGCUGAGUAUUAUUUAUUCUGUAGAUGAAUUAAGCUUAGAGUUGAGUGACUUGAUGGUAUCUCAUUGGUUGAAGCCAGAACUACUGCUUGACAUUUGGAAGCUGUCAAAAGAUCUGAGUCUGGAUCUUUUACGAGAUGCAACCUAUGCUGCUUGCCUUGAUAGAUUUAUGGAUUUGCCGGAAGAGGAACUGCUGAGUAUUUCCGGCAGCGAUUUUUUAAAGCUAGUGUGCAAUGUUAAUGUUAAAUCAUCCACAGAUUAUUUGUCCUUUAUUGCCAAAGAAAGACUGAAAAAUCAGGACUUCAGUAGUGAGAAUAGUGAUCUGCAAUUAAAAUUAGGAAUUUAUAAGUUAUUAGAGCUUUUGGAUAGUCCUGAGAGAAAACCAUCAACAAUGUAUUGCAUUUUUGCUGAAGCUAUGAUUGAAAAUACCGAAGAAAGCACAUUAAAGCGCCAAGUUUAUGGUGUUUUAAAGCAUGUUCCCGUCGAAUUUUGUGAACUCGUUGAAAUUUGGCGGAUGGACGAGUCGGGAAAAGAUUUAGUUGGCAUGAGCGUCAUUGGUCAAGGCUUCAGUAUAUACAAAAUUGGUGGCGAACUACGACUGGGCUCCUGUAAAUUCAAUAUGAACAUCUGGCGUUACUGUUUGAUUUCCAAAAAAUGGUAUUACCUGGCAAGAUUAAGAAAAGCUCGGAGACACAUGGCCGUGGCUCUAGUCGACGAAACGUUGAUUCUCUUUGGAGGCGUUGGUCGCUACCGGCUCAAGCUCUCGUCCGUCGAGAUGCUGAAUUUGCACACAGGCUCGUGGACGACGGCACCAGACAUCCCAGAAACGUUUACAGAUGUACCACCGACUUGCGUGAUAAACGGCAUUGUCGUUUUGUGCGUUUCCAGCAUCUACAUGUUCAAUCCCACUACAGUGUCCUGGAUCCAAGUCAAGCACGAAUUCGACGCGAACGAGUUUUGCGGGGUCAAGUGUCUCACGGCUUACAAGAACAUUCUGUUUAUUGGCAAAGAAGGUGGCAAGUUCAUAGGGUACAACGUGACGUGGGAGACAUCGCAGGGCGAGGAUGGGAAAACAGUCGUUGUUGGAGCUCAGAUCACUCUAUCGGCAGGUAAGGUCUUCCAAACGAUCUGCGAAAAGAUUCUAAUCGACGAGCACGGCCAGGCGAUCGGGAUGGCGCAAUACUCGUUUGAGAACUACGUGAUGAUCGAGCACGGCCGCAUAAACGAGGCGACCGGCCAAUUGAAUUCCGAACAGACUUGCUUGAAAAAGCCACACGCGGCCGUCACGCCGAUCAGCUAUCUCAAUCUCAUUCAUCCCAACACGCUGUACAAGCAGAUCCUCCUUGAAUAAAAAUUUCGCUGGCCACCUGGGUCAUGGUAGACCUUUAGUUCCUCUGUAUUUUUCAUCAUUAAGUCGACGAAAUUGCAACAUCGGGACUCUGAUGAAAAAUAUUCUUCCAGACACUUACACAUUUAGGGUUCUCUUAACAAUCAAUUUAUUCGUUUCGUGUACAUAUACAUACAAUACGUACUUUCUCGUGAUUUUUAACUUAGACGAUUAGAUUACACAAUCAGCUGUUAAAAUUUUCAAUCGAACAAAGUGCAGUUUAGCCAAAAUAUUUCAAUUCGCAGCGCGCAAACAAAUGUAAACUUGGAGUGCCUUUGUAAAUGCCGAUGUAGAUUCGCGUGACAUGUUAUACGUAUUGUCGCGCAAAUACUUCCUCCAACUGCUUUAUCGUCAGUAUUCUUGUGUAGAAUAAUAUAUAACAUAUAUGUUAUUCCCUUAGGGUACGUGUAUAUUUAUGUAUGAUUAUAAGUGUACUAGAGACGUGGCUUGUUGUAUGCCAUCGACGACACAAGCUUCAGUGCAACAAUCGACAUACUUAUCAUUGUAAAAAUUAUUUUAUAUCGAAAAAAAAAGAAAAAAUAAAUAAAAAGACGUUGCGAACGAAGG